AUGUCCACCGAGGUUGACAAGCUACGACGCCUUCUUGAAAAGGAGCAACGCCUCCGGAGAGAGGAUAGGGAAAAUUUAGCAGAAGAACAACGUCUUCGAAGGGAAGAUAGGGAGAGGACGUCUAAGAGCAGCCUUCCCACAUUUCUCGACGGUCUUCAUAAGCACCUCUUCCUCGGUCUUGGAGUUCAGCAGGAUAAGACACAAUCCACGCGUGGGGAUCCCUCUAAUGCGACCAACAAAAUUCGCCCCAGGAAACUCAAAGCCUGGGACUCUUUCGAGAAAGAACAAGAAGAGAUUUGGCGAUUGCUGAUGGACUCUUCGCUCGUCGAAGACAGACUGUUCACUUCUCUCCACACCCUCGAAGAAACAGGAGAAAGCAUUCGGCGACAGCUUGUUGGCUCAGAACUUGACCUUAACCAUUUUCUUCGCCAAACCGUUGAGGACCACGUUUCGAAAAUCAUCGAAGAACUCUACCGUGAUCCAACACUGCGACAAACAUUUGGGUUGAGAGGGUCGAUACGAUUUGAGAACCACUCCAAUACUUUGAGCCCCGAAUGGGAACUUGAGGAGGGAAUGCAGAAUAUUGAUAUUCGUGGUCGGCCACGACGGCGUUCACCACGUUUAGCUGCCCGGGAACAAAGUGCAUCAAGCAUCGCAGCGACGCGUGGCCCGCGAACUCCGCCUCCAGCGCGAAACAACAGGCCUCGUGCCGAUCAGUUCUGCGUUUACAACAUUCCCAGUCAAUCGUCUGAAUCGAUCCAUCGCGUUGCAGCUUAUAUCAAGGAAUACAAAUCUCCGCACAAGGUGACACUAGGCCACAUUUACGAAGGGUUGGAGGAUAUGGACAUCGAUGAAGUGGUUGAGCAAAAAGAAGACGAAACUUCCAAAGCUCGGUUCCGUCGUGCGAUUGCUGGGCUUCUCGUGCAGCCACACGACUACAUGGUUCGUGCUGGGACGGAAAUGGGAGUGCUGAGUACUGGCGAAGCUGAUAUCUAUCUGCGAAUUGGGGAAGAACCUGGGACGCUUUUGUACCACCUCUCGGUUCCCAAGGGAGAUGUUGGGGAAUUCACGGGCUGGGAUCCCCAUUCGGACGGCCCUAAUCGUCUGCAUUUGACCGCCGUGGGGCAAUCUCUCGCUUUCACUCUCCAGGCGCUUAAAUUGCGGCCUCGGAACCAAGCCUGGAGGCAGCACGCAAUCAACUCAUUACCCAAGUGGGAAGUUGUAAUUGCGGAUAUUUUAGACAGUAUCCCGGAUGAGGAGGUGCCGACUUCCGAGUAUCGUCCUCCGCGGACGAAUGGGUUUCUUCGAAUGUCUCCGGUACAACUACGUUGCAGGCGAAACAAAUCCAGCCUUGGUGCUUGCCGACCAAGCGGCACACAGGGUGAUACUUACGACGAUCAUUCUGACCCCGAUACGCCGAGCCGAAAUCCACGGAUCUAUCAGGACAUCGGACGAAGACAGCCACCGUCGACCCAUUCAGCACCCGCAUCAGCUACUCAUGGGCCCUCCUCGGGAGAGAACCAUCGGUAUUACUGCACAUUAAAGUGUCUAGGUGGAAUGAUGAAAGGGGGCGAGUUAGAUCAGACUUGCCCCAAUGUUAUCGAUCAUGGAAAAACGCGCCAUGUCAUAAAUGCAACAGCUUUCAUCAAACGGUUGCAGCGUCAAUUAUCUGAGACCGUUAAUGCAGAUUGCGAAGUGCUGGGUAUACACGGUUCUCGAGGUGCUCUUUUGAAAGUUACGCUAUCAUCACACGGAUAUACUGUGCCUGCAAAAUGCACUGUACCAGAAUUUGCGGAACACUUUCGGCAUGAAGCUACUGUAUACGCCAGACUGCGUCCAAUUCAGGGCAUAUACAUUCCUCUCCACCUCGGAAGCAUUGACUUGGCUCAUCCGUACAGCUACGACGGUAUCGCGUAUCUCAAGCACAUGAUGUUAUUGAGUCCGGGUGGACAGCCUCUCGACCUGGCACUCAAAGAAAUGAGUCAAGAUUGCUUAAUAGCCAAGAUGAAAGAGUCACUCUCGCAGAUGCACCGCCUCAACGUUGUCCACAGGGAUCCAGCUCCUCGGAAUUGGUUCUACAAUGCAGAAAGCAAAAAGGUUGUCUUUUUUGACUUUGAAAGGGCGGAAAUCCUUAGUUUGCGGCCCGUUCUGCGAAUGAUCUCACCAAAUCGCAAACGAAAAAGGGUAUCCCGUGAUGGGCUUGAUAAAUUGCUCCUUGAGACAAGGUUUGCGAGAGAAACAAACAGGGCAGUGCAGGAGUUGCGAGGUUGGACAAAAUGA